AUGCCCCGAUCGCAGCAGCCCCGCGACGUCGGGCGAGCUGCACCUGACCGUUGUGGAGGGUCGGAACUUUCGACGGACGGGUUGGCUUGGCAGCAGCAAACGACCAAAGUGCACGACCAUGGCGGGUCGUCGCCGUUCUGGAAUGCGCUGUUCACGUUCAUCGUGGACGAGUACUCAACCAGCGUCGAGAUUCAAAUCAUGACGACGGCCAUGUGCACCUUGGCGCCGCUUGGGGUCGUGUCCAUUCCAAUCGACGUCAAGUCGUGGCGCGAUCGAGAGUUGCACGACGUGUGGUUGCCAGUCACGCUCGGCAAAGGCACAUCCACGACAACAGAUUCCUCCACCCUCAGAUACGGGGAGCUCCGCGUAAAAAUCGAGUUCAAGCUCGCAAGCACGCUAUUUAAGCACCCGUCUGUCAUCAUACUGACCGUGCGCCGCAAUGACCUGGCUGCCACGGCUUACGCUGCCGCUAACGUGACCUUGGCGACAAAAGCGCCACCGCCUUCGCCCGCUCGAGCUUCACAGUCCACUACGGCUGGACAUUUACCUCCAUCGCUACUCCUGUCUCCAAAAUCCGCACCGGCUACGAAGCCUCCCCCUGCGCCACAGGCGAUUACCUGCCCAACGGUUGGUGGGCUGCCAACGAUUCCAACACUCCUCCAGCCGUGGAGUCAACACUUCAUCGACUUGUCUGAGAUUCAGCUCAUGGCGGCGCGUGCAGGACCGUCGACGGUACAACUGGCAACGUACAAGAACGAGCUCGUGUAUGUACAGCACGACAUGGAGGCCUAA